AUGGCCGCCUGCAUUUUCUGUAAGAUCAUCAAGGGAGAGAUCCCGUCGCUGAAGAUCUUCGAGAGCGAGAAGACGCUCGCAUUCCUCGACAUUGGGCCACUGAGUCGAGGACACUCUCUCAUCAUCCCCAAGCACCACGGCGCCAAGCUGCACGACAUCCCCGACGACCAGCUAUCCGAGGUCCUCACGGUGACGAAGAAGAUUGCAAUUGCGCAGGGCGUGGAAGAUUACAACAUCUUGCAGAAUAACGGGCGGAUUGCGCAUCAAGAGGUUGAUCAUGUGCACUUCCACUUGAUCCCAAAGCCCAAUCGCCAGGAGGGGCUGGGCAUUGAGUGGCCGACGCAGAAGGGCGACCAGACGGAGCUGAAGAAGCUGUUGGAGGAGAUCAAGAGUAAGAUGUAG